UGCUAAUAUAUAACUCUAUGGAGUUCACAAUACAUAACUUGUACUGUGAGUUGUCUAAAAUGUCCGAUACGCCGGUAAUUUGUUCUUGUUUUAUAUAAUGUUAAUUUAAAAUACAUCAGUGUUAAAAGGAAGUAAUAAAGUUUAUCAACUUUAUUCUUUAUUUUCGAAGAUAGAGGUGUAAUAUGGGGAGAGGGAUCAGGGGGAUGUAAACUGAAUUUUGAAUGACUUAAGUCAAUAGAAAAAGAAGAAUUGUACAACCUAUUCAUUUCAUAUUUUGACAUCUAUCUAGGUUAGAUCAUCAUGCACUUUGGGGAAAAUUAAUAAUAAAAAAUAUAGCAAUUUAUUAUAUUUUGUCUUUAGAAAAAAGAUGGAAACUACAACAGAAGAAUUAGGUAAAACUAGUCCAAUCAAGAAUGAUUUAAAUAAAGAUUCCUUAGAGUUAGAUACCUCACCCAAAAAAUUAAAAUAUAAAUGCCAAUUUGAAAACUGUGACGUUGCAUAUAGAAAAAAAUGGUUAUUGGAGGAACAUAUUAGAAAACAUAAUAAAGAGAGACCUUUCGUAUGUACAUCGCCUGACUGUAAUAAAACAUUCACGAAAGAUUCCCAUUUAAAACGUCACAAAGUUAUGGUCCAUGAAAAGUCUUGUGAACAAAUAUGUGACUUUGAGGAUUGUGGGAAAAUCUUCAAUAAUAAGUACAGUUUGAAAAAACACAAAACUAAAGUUCACAACAAGAAUUAUUCCUUUAUUUGCUCUGAGUGUUCUAAAGGAUUCCUCAAGAGGUGCCAUCUAACACAGCAUAUGUUUGUCCACACUGGAGAACCUCCAUUCAAGUGUCAUACGUGUAAUCUCGGAUUUUUGUUAUCAAGAGAUUUAGCUAAACACAAUCGAAAUCACAAAACCUACACAUGUGAAUGUGGAGAAAUUUUUGAUCGAUGGUCCAAGCUUCGUGCUCAUAAAAAGGAUAUUUGCAGACUUAUAGAAAAGAAAUGUAGAAAUUGCAGUACUCUAUUUAGUGAUAAAAAGAACUUGCACGCCCACUAUAAAAUUUGCAGCAGCAAAUUCCGAAAAACAUUUCAAUGUCCUUACUUGAACUGUACCAAAGUGUAUCAGUAUAAUAGAAAUCUGAAGGAUCACAUAAAAAGUAAUCACGGAUCUGAACGACCUAAGAGCUAUGUGUGCAAUAUUGAUAAUUGUGAGAGAGCAUUUUCGCAUCAGUGUCUUUUAAACAGGCAUAUCAAAAAACAUGGAGCUAAGAAGACAGCAUCAAAACGUAAAGAAGAAAAAGCCACCAGGAAGGACAAGGGAACGCGCAAAACAUACCUGCCUGCUACUUUAGCGGGUGUAAAGUUGUCUAGACGAGAACACUUACAAGUGUUGAAAGGUAAUAAAAAGAUACUAAGCGACAUCUCUAAAGUAGGAUCCGAGAAGGAAAAUUUGGAAGCUUAUACUGUCUCGACAGAUACAAAAGUGGAAGAACACCACAAUGAAGUUUGUACUGUGUCUCGAAUGAUUGAUGAUCACGAUUAUGGGAUUCCCUUGGUGCCUAAUGAACGUUUAGAAGUAUCGGAAAACAAGCUAAAUGUUAUCUGUAGGGAUAAGCUUAAAGCAGGAAAUUUAAUAACUUAUAAUGGUGAUGAAACCGAUACAUAUAUGGAAGAAGAUAUUUGUAGCGUCAAAAUCAAUACACCUUUAAUAGAACGUGAUCAUGAUUAUGGAAUACAGCUAUUAUCUGAUGCUAUAUUGCUUGGAGAAUGUGCUCGUGUAUUAAAUAAACUUCAAGAAUAUAUUUCUUAAAUUGUUAUUCUUUUUAUUUAACCUUUAUAAUACACCUUUAUUAAAACCCUAAA